AUGUAUGUCGGACUUGAUGAGCCCGUGCGGGAAUGCCAGUAUAAUCAGAUCUGCACGCGCAACUCGUUACCUAUGGAGACCUUAGGGCACAAAAAGAAGAAGAAUCCCCGAAGGAAGUGGCAGGUCUUUCCCGGUCGAAAUAGAUUCUACUGUAAUGGAAGGGUCAUGAUGGCGAGGCAGACCGGGGUCUUCUACCUAACCCUAGUCCUCAUCAUGGUCACCAGCGGGCUUUUCUUCGCGUUCGACUGUCCGUUCCUGGCGUCCAACCUGACCCCAGCUAUCCCAGUGAUUGGAGGGGUGUUGUUUCUCUUUGUGCUGGGGAUGCUCUUCAGGGCCAGCUUCAGUGACCCGGGGGUCCUGCCCCGCGCCACGCCCGACGAGGCUGCCGACCUGGAGAGACAAAUAGACGCGGCUAACGGCCCCAGUGGUCCAGGGUACAGGCCGCCCCCGAGGACCAGAGAGGUGGUCAUCAACGGGCAGAUGGUGAAGCUCAAGUACUGCUUCACCUGCAAGAUCUUCAGGCCCCCACGGGCCUCGCACUGCAGCUUGUGUGACAACUGUGUGGAGCGUUUUGAUCACCACUGUCCCUGGGUGGGGAACUGUGUGGGCAAGAGGAACUACCGUUUCUUCUACCUCUUCAUCCUCUCCCUCUCCUUCCUCACUGUAUUCAUAUUCGCCUUCGUCAUCACACACGUCAUCCUGAGAUCCAACCAGACAGGCUUCCUCAGCGCACUCAAAGACAGCCCUGCCAGUGUGCUGGAGGUGCUGGUGUGUUUCUUCUCGGUGUGGUCCAUUCUGGGUCUGUCGGGCUUCCACACCUACCUGAUCAGCUCCAAUCAGACCACCAAUGAGGAUAUUAAAGGCUCGUGGUCGAACAAACGGGCGAAGGACAACUACAAUCCCUACAGCUACGGGAACAUCCUGACCAACUGCUGUGCUGCCCUCUGUGGUCCUCUUCCACCCAGUCUUAUUGACAGAAGAGGCUUGAUCCAGUCAGACACACCCCAGCCUGUGUCACACUCCAACGGAAGCAGCUUGUAUGCCUCCACCCAGCUUCACACUCACAUGUGUGACCAAGAGCACUGCAUUCAGAGCACCAAAUUCGUUUUGCAGGCUGCCGCCACCCCCCUGCUCCAUAGCAACCCCGUCAUGAUUGGUGGAGGGGGACCCCCUUUCCCUGGGAAGAGUUCCUUGGUGGUCCCCUGUGCCUCCCUGGUCCCCAGCCAGCCCUCCCUGCCCUCCAUGCCCGGGCUGAGCUGUGCAGGGGACAUGUUGACUCUGAGGGACCCAGACACCCACUGCCACCACCACCACUUUGCCAGCCCUGAGGAGACUCCCUCGCCCUCUGGCCCUAUGCCUCUGACUUUGCCCUGCGCUGCCCACAUGACCCACGGGGGACACAUCUACCCGGCCCAGCUCUACGACCCUGCCAGCCAGGACUCUCUGCACGAGGACUCUGUCAGGGGCCUGGUCAAACUCAGCUCUGUCUGAGACUGGGCCCCACUGCUAUUU